AUGGCGAGUGAUCACAAAGCAGUCAUUGGCGACAAGGUGUGGAUGGCCGGCAACAACGUGGAGGGACUGGAUGCCGUUGCGCUGGAACAGUUUACGAUUGCAGUUGAGGAUGCUGGUAAAGCAUUGAUCUGUAUGGAUGCGGACGAUGAUUUGCGUGCUGUUUUCUCGCCAUCGCAGACGCCCCACGCGAAGAGCCUUACCGUACUUGGAGAAGCUGGACGACACGGGGCAUGUGAUAGAGUGUGGAAGGUUGCCGACAAUACUGCAGCAACAACAACAACGUAUGCUGUCGCAGAGCGGUUGGAAAGGGCCGUCAGCACGGCAGUCGGUGUGCUUCCGCCCCAUCGGUCGCCGGACAUCCCUUGGUGA